GCCUCGUCGACGGGAUUGCUGCUGAAGAUGCUCGGGUUGAAAGUGACGGCCAUCAAGAUCGAUCCGUACAUGAACAUCGAUGCGGGCACCAUGGCUCCCACAGAGCACGGUGAGGUGUUUGUGCUCAACGAUGGCGGCGAGGCCGAUCUGGAUUUGGGCAAUUACGAGCGAUACUUGGAUGUGACGUUGGGUAGAGACAACAACAUCACAACAGGCAAGGUCUACAAGAAGGUCAUCGAGAAGGAGCGCGCGGGCGAGUACCUUGGCAAGACGGUGCAGAUCGUGCCUCACCUCACAUCCGCCAUUCAAGAUUGGAUCGAGCAAGUGGCUGCUCAGCCAGUCGACGAGACGGACGAGACGCCAGACGUGUGCAUCGUCGAGCUGGGCGGCACAGUGGGCGACAUCGAAUCCGCUCCCUUUGUCGAAGCGCUGCGACAGUUCCAAUUCCGCGUGGGUCAAGAGAAUUUUGCCCUCAUCCACGUCUCCUUGGUGCCCGUCGUGGGUGGCGAGCAAAAGACGAAACCUACGCAAGCAGCUGUGCGCGAUCUCAGAGGUUUGGGUUUGGUGCCAGACAUGAUCGCCGCCAGAUGCGUCGAACCUCUGGAGAGGAGCGUGAUCAAUAAGCUGUCCAUGUUCUGCCACGUCGGUCCCGAACAAGUCAUGGGCGUCCACGACGUGCAAUCCACCUAUCACGUGCCUCUGCUCCUCGAACAGCAAGGCAUGGUUCGCUUCUUUGAACGUCGUCUGAAACUCGACAUCAAACAAGGCAUCACCAAGAGCAUGCAGCAGCGCGGCAACGCCCUCAAGACACGCUGGAGAGAACUGACGCUGAGCCAAGAUCGCCUGUUCGACAAGGUGGAGAUUGUGCUCGUCGGAAAGUACACCAGCUUGCAAGACAGUUACAUGUCGGUCGUCAAAUCCCUCGAGCAUGCUGCUAUGCGGGUGCAACGCAAAUUGGUGCUCAAGUGGGUCGAGGCUGGCGACCUGGAAUCGCAGAUGGAGACAGACAAUCCGGUGAGGUAUCACGAAGCGUGGCACGCCGUUUGCUCCGCGUCUGGUAUCUUGGUACCGGGCGGAUUUGGAAGCAGAGGCACGGAAGGCAUGAUCAGCGCCGCGGCUUGGGCAAGGACGAAGCGGGUGCCCUUCCUGGGCAUUUGCCUCGGCUUUCAAGUCGCCGUCAUCGAAUUUGCGAGGAACGUGUGUGGAAUUCAGGAUGCCAAUUCUGCCGAGCUGGACAAGACUUGUCCCUCGCCCGUCGUCAUCUUUAUGCCGGAGAUUAGCAAGACGCAAAUGGGAGGCACGAUGAGGUUGGGCCUCCGACCAACCGUCUUUGGCAAGGGCACUGAGUCGUGGAGCAAGAUUCGCAAAUUGUACGCGGGAGCGCCCAUCGUCUGGGAAAGGCAUCGUCAUCGCUACGAGAUCAACCCGGAAUACGUGGAGAGGAUAGAGCGCGGAGACCCUGCCGCUUCGCCUCCUCCUCAAACUCCAGCGGAUGCUGCUGCUGGGCGCAGACCAGGCACACCGCCUAUUCAAUCUGGUCCGAGAAGCCUACCCACCAGCCCGAGCUUGGGCUCUGAUGGCGUGCCUUGCAUCUUGCCAGCUUCCAAAGCGCCUGGCGAGGGAAGUCGGGAUGUGCUGAGGUUCAUCGGAAGGAGCGAGACGGGGGACCGCAUGCAGAUCGCAGAGAUUGCCGAUCAUCCUUACUACGUUGCUGUUCAGAGUCAUCCGGAAUUUGCAAGUCGGCCACUCAAGCCCGGACCUUGCUUCUUGGGUCUGGUCGCCGCAGCGGUGUCCCACGACGAGUUGGAAAAGCAGAUGGAGCUGUCCAGCUCCUACACUGCACCGCAUCCAAAGAGCAUGAUGAUCCUCGAGUCCGAAGCUGCCAGGCUUGCCGAAUCCGAGCACAACACCGAUACGUUGGGCUCUGCCGACGGAACCAUGCCACCCGUGCGCAGACCCAGCACGGUGGAAAAAAGCGCUGCCACACCUCCUGGCAGCUCCACACCCACGCGCGGCAGGAGCCCGCCCGAGAAGAGCGUCAAGUUGGGCGAAUCGGCAGUCAAUGGGCGGAGCAUCAAGUGAGAGAGAGAGAGAGAGAGAGAGAGAGAGGGCGCUCAAAGUUCGCAUCAUGUAUGUUACAUUACUCUCGAGUACCUUUUGUCAAAGACAUGAAUCAUCGUACGUGUGGGUAAAAGCGCCAUGGGGGAGUGGAGCGCCACGAAUGUGAUGCGACAUGCCCGCCCUAGGCCAGCAAGUCGUCCACUCCGCUUCGUGGUGCAGGCGCAUCUGCAGCAUAACCGCCUCCGACACCUCCAAAUUCCGGUCCAAGAUCACCAAGCAUCGCGUAAGGAUCUUCUUCGGCCUCUCCAUUCGCACCACUGGGCCGAUCUGCUGAAUCGCCUCGUCGAACUUCGUCCGAGGAGCGAUUCGUUUCUGCCGUAGCCCCUUCAGAGGCAGUCGGGGCGGAUGAUCCAUUGUGCGCGAGCGCCCCAGGCGUGGCGGGAGCAUCAUCCGUCGCCGCUGCGCCGUCUGUGGUGCUUGGCGGAAGC